AUGCAUCACAACACUAAGCAAGGUUUAAUAUUCCUUGCAUUCUUGAUCGCCUGUGGAGGAGGUAUCGCUGCCUUUAUCCUUUUGCGCAACUCCCAUAACAAGCAUCCACAUUCCGGAAAGCGUGAAAUGGCGGGCAUGAAUUUACACAAUAGCUACGCUAGGAGCCUCCCUACAAACACUUUGACUACUAGACAUAUUGUUCUCGAGAAAAGCGAAUCCCCUCAAGUUCACCCAUCUCAUACCCAUUAUAACACAUCGGCUCAAUAUCGCAAUAGACAUCGCUCAUUUACUCCGGAAACAAAUCUUGGCAAUCCAGGCAGUCAGUUUGUCACCAUUCCGACUACUACAGCUACAUCAGCCAGUGUACAACCCUUAUCGACCUCUACUUCUAGUAGUGCUUCGUCUAUCGAUAUUUACUCAUCCUUCACAGUAGAAACACCAAGUACUUUGUCGGCCGCAGCAGGAUUCCAAAACUCUGCUGCUUCGUCAUCAGAUCCAAUUUCUGACGUUGGCCCGGUUUCUACAACUCCAUCGAGUCCGCAGUCAUUGGCUACUACUGGCAGUAGACACAACCAUCUUCGUAAGUUUCGAGGUUGA